CAGUGUAAUUUUCUUUUGAGAAACCGGCGCGUCGGGGGAAGCGCGCGUUAUGGCCGGCCCUGGUUUGGUGGCUGGCGAGGUCGCGGUAGACGCGUUGCCCUAUUUUGACCAAGGCUAUGAGGCGCCGGGCGUACGAGAGGCGGCCGCGGCGCUGGUGGAGGAAGAGACGCGGCGUUACCGGCCCACUAAGAACUACCUGAGCUACCUGACUGCGCCGGACUACAGCGCUUUCGAGACUGAAAUAAUGCGAAAUGAGUUUGAACGCCUAGCAGCACGACAGCCCAUAGAACUGCUGAGCAUGAAAAGGUAUGAGCUGCCUGCUCCCUCCUCUGGGCAGAAGAAUGAUAUCACAGCAUGGCAAGAAUGCGUUAAUAACUCAAUGGCUCAGCUGGAGCACCAGGCAGUUCGAAUUGAGAAUUUGGAAUUGAUGUCUCAGUAUGGCUGCAAUGCCUGGAAAGUAUAUAAUGAGCAUUUAGUUCAUAUGAUUGAACAGGCACAAAAAGAGCUGCAGAGUUUGAGAAAACACAUUCAGGACCUUAACUGGCAACGGAAGAACAUGCAGCUCACAGCUGGUGCUAAACUUCGGGAAAUGGAAUCUACAUGGGUAUCCCUCGUCAGUAAAAAUUAUGAGAUUGAACGAACAAUUGUGCAACUGGAAAAUGAAAUUUCUCAAAUUAAGCAGCAACAUGGGGAGGCAAACAAAGAAAACAUCCAGCAGGACUUCUGAGACUUGCCUUGGACUUUUGCUGCCAAAUUUAGGGAACUGCUUAGAGCCUAUGCAUGGCUGUAGAUUCUAAAAAAUUUUGUAUAUGUGUAUAGUGGUAUAGAACACCUGUGUUGCCUCCACUGUAGAAAAACCUGCUCACAAGGCGUAGAACUGAUUUAUCAAUGGAUUUACCAAAGUCCCAAAUUUUGAGUAUGAAUGUUGUUUGAAAUUUUUUUGGUUGGUUCCUAUGAAGAGUUCUAUGUUUGUGUUUUUUAAUAUGACUGAAAAUAAACAUUUUUCAACUAUA